UAAAUUAUUUUUUUAGAAUUUUUCUUUUUUUGCUUGUUUCCAGCGCAAAAACAUAUUCCCCACAUUGUCUUCACCCACACUGUGAUCGUGGUGCUGAUAGGCAGACGUUGGCUCUGAAAAUCUCAGAUCUGUCUUCAACAUGUCUGGCCCAGGCUACCCAUCUCCAAACCAGCCUCCUUAUCCCAUGUCCCAGCCAGGCGGACACUCCAUGCCCCCCUAUCCCAUGGGAGGUUUUGGAGAACCUGGACAGGGGGCCCCAUCAGCAGGGUUCCAAGCAGGAUACCAGCCAGUUCCAGAUCAGCCAAUCAUGUAUCAGCCUGGUCCAGCUAAUUCACCAUCUCAACAGGGCCAAACAUAUGGAGCACCUGUAGCUGCACCAGUUUCAGUUCCUGCUGGAGUACCACCUGGUCUGGAGUACCUCACUCAGAUCAAUCAGAUCCUUAUUCAUCAGAAGGUGGAGUUGUUAGAGGCAAUCAUUGGCUUUGAGACCAACAACCAGUAUGAGAUCAAGAACAGCCUCGGUCAAAAGAUCUACUCUGCCAAAGAAAAAAAUGACUGCUGCACACGCAACUGCUGUGGUGCCCUGCGCAGCUUUGACAUGAAGAUCAAAGACAACGCCGAUCGAGAGGUCAUACGACUCAUCCGACCUUACCGUUGUGUCUCCUGUUGGUGCCCCUGCUGCCUGCAAGAGAUGGAGGUACAGGCUCCUCCAGGAACGACAGUAGGGUACGUGAAGCAGGACUGGCACCCCUGUUAUCCAAAAUUCUCCAUCCAGGGGCCAAACAAGGAGACUGUGAUGAAGCUUGAGGGGCCCUGCUUGGCAUGUAACUGCUGUGGUGAUGUGAACUUUGAGCUCAAAGGUAAAGACGGUACUGGGGACUCUAUCGGUCGAAUCAGUAAGCAGUGGAGCGGCCUGUUGAAGGAAGUCUUCACUGACACUGACAACUUUGGCAUCCAGUUCCCUAUGGACAUGGAUGUUAAGAUGAAGGCUGUACUUAUGGGUGCUUGCUUUCUAAUUGAUUUCAUGUUCUUUGAAAAAGUGGGAGACUCAAACCAGCGCAAUACUGUAUUCUCUUAGAGUUCCUGGUAACCAAAGCUUUAGACAGCUGGCACUGCAGUGAAUCCAACGGACACGUUCAAGGUCAUUUUAGUGUUCACGUGGCCAGCAAUAUUUACAGUGACAGGCGAAGUAUCAUGAGUAACUGUUCACUGGUGCCUUUUAAACAAUCAUAGCCUAGAAUUUUAUAUUACUGUUACAAUAGUAUAUCAACAAACAUUUAAAUCUUUUUGUUACUUUCAAUUUAUCUUUUUUUUAUUGGAAAUAAAAUGUAACGUGCAGCCCUAUGCAUGUAUUUCUAGACUUAUUUCUUGCAUAAAGUAUAUAUUUUUUCGUUUUUCUAAAGGAAAUUCUGUUUUAUUUUGCUAAAUGCAAAGCAUUUUCGUUAAAACAUGCGGAUAUUCCUACAGCCAAGUAAUGCAUGAUGAUAGGGGUUACAUGCAAGUUAA